UGCCAGUCCAAUCCAAACCAAACCAAACCAAACCACCUGACUUUGUUUCCAUCUAAGGGCUUUUGUGUUUAACCCAUUGAGGAUUUAUAGCGACGCUUUUUUCUGCUGAGGAAUUACUCUGAUCGAAUCAUUCAUUAUGGCCAGUCUUGAUCAGGCACACCAUGCCCUCAUAGCUCCUCUGAUCGAGCCAGACCCAAGCGACGAGACGGGACUCAACACACAUUUCCGCUCGACGUUUGCUCCGCAAGAACCAAUUACUCCGCCUGGACCUGCUCCCCUUGUCAAGCAGCAGGUACCAACUCAUAUUCGACAACAAUCUACCGGCACCUCCAAGGCGCAAUCUACCGUCCACGUCCAGCCACAACACACGGGCAGCUCGGUGGAGACAAACCCCUACCGUCGCUCGAGGGCCUCGUCUGAGGUGAAGAAUCCUUUUAUCGCUGAGCAAGAGCUGAGCAGCCCUGGCAGGAGGAGGCAUGAUUACCCUUCCCCGCCAAACUCGGCCAGCCCCGGGCGCCAGCAGUUUCCCAGCUACCGCACCGAAACCUUUGGAGCCUUGAACGAGGGUCGGCCACGACGAUCGACUCACUCUACACCCUCCAGCCCACUCCCCACAGCCGCACGCUCCCGCGGAGGCUCGCUGAGCGAACGUUUCCCCGGCGACACAUCCCACAGGCCUCUUGACACGAUUCGUAAAGACACCAGAACUGCGAACCGUGCUCACCACCUCAGGAAAAAGAACUUCGCAGGCGCCGAUAUCAUCGACCGGCUCGACAUGUCCGGGCUGGGCAUCCCCAGUUACCACCAUGAGGGUCCUUAUGAUGCGGCCAACAUCUCCCGCAACACUAGCAAGAAGUAUAGCCCCAUUGCCGCUGUUCGAGAUUCGAACCGAGAGGCUUUGAGGGCUACUCCGAGAGAAAACAUUACUGAUGCAGUGAGAAGGCACCGUCCUUUAGAAGGCGUCGCUACCGUUCCGUCUGGCAUACCCGACCAAUUCGGCCGAGUUCUCCACUACAAAGAAGGCACCGACCUGCAGCGAGAGCCUGGCGUCGACGCCUAUAAACGAUGGCCCGGAGUGGACUACCACCCAGAUGACCUCAAGGGCAAGGGCGAGCCCUCAUACACCAUCGAGAAGCAACUGAAAGGCCACAAGAAGACCGGCGACUCCGGCAUCGAGAUGGCCUCGCGCCGCCGCCACAGCAACGGUCGUGACGCGCCAGGCGCAAUCCCAGUCGAGAGCUUCGAGGCGGAAGCAUCGGGCGUUGGGCGACGAAACACGACGGGCAGGAACACGGGAUCGUCGCUGCGGAAGCGCUUGGGCAGCGUCGGGCAAGGAAAGCAGCCCGAGGUUUGAGCCGCGCAAUUGUAACUGUAUGUUUGUUGGGGGACGCCUGAAGUUGGAUUUGCACAUCACAUCGCGCAUCAUAUGCAUGAACGCGUGUUUUCUUAUGUUUUAUGGAUUCUGCCUGGCAUAGGGCUGUACAAAGGGAUGGAUGGAUGAUAUACUGGUUGGGGUUUCUUUAGAUUCACACUCUCGUCGCGGUAGACGCAAUUACAACACAAUACACACG